GCUUACUCACAAGCAGGUUCAUUUUUGGUAGCUGCAGAGUAUAUUGGUAUAACACAAGGGUGCACUAAGAGUCGCUUUGAUUGGUUAUGUGUUUUGUAGACAUUCCUUGGGAUCGGGAAUAUACUUGUUUUUUAAAUAGACUCUUGCAGUGGAUAUUUUAAAGCAUAAGUAGGAAUUCAGAAGAAAGGGAACGAGUAGAGUGUGUCUUUAAAUACAAGUACUUUUCCUAAAAAAAAAAAAACCCCAGGCGCAAGUUGCCGCUGUAUUUAGAGGGGGAAAACACUGAUCGUUUGGAAACAGCUUGCUGCGUGACAAGGUGUUUUUACUUUCACUGCCAGAACAGUGGGUCCACAUUGCCAAUGCAAUAAGUAAAAACAUAUAAGAACGGAAUUGAAUUACAUACACAAGCUCUGACCUGCGCAGUCUUGUAAAGGUGAUGAAGCCUACGAACACAUGCACCUUUUCUACAAGACGUUGCCAUGGAGACAACAUUUCUUCAUUAAAAACUGAAUGGAAAUGACAUAUGAGUGCUUUACCUUGUCCACAGGAGAGCAGAAGGUGUUUUAAAUGUUCUUUGAAUUUCCUUCCCAUGGUGUUGUUCCUCCAAUAAUGAAGCUUUCUCAAGCUUAAAGCAUUUUUUAAAGAUGAGCAUCUUUCUGUUGCUGGUGAUCUUGUUAUCAGAAGAAAUUGGCUUGGUAAACUUUAGCUUCCUGGUCGGCGCCCAGGCAAAUGAAAGGCGGGUAGUUGCUCAUGUAACUGGGGACAUCAUCAUUGGGGCCCUGUUCUCGGUCCACCAUCAACCCCCUGCAGACAAAGUGCAUGAGAGGAAGUGUGGGGUGAUACGGGAGCAAUAUGGCAUCCAAAGGGUGGAAGCCAUGCUCCAUACUCUGGACAGAAUCAACUCAGAUCCCAAAAUCUUACCAAACAUAACCCUAGGCUGUGAAAUCCGGGACUCCUGCUGGCAUUCUGCUGUAGCUCUGGAGCAGAGCAUCGAAUUCAUAAGGGACUCGCUUGUCUCCUCGGAGGAAGAAGAGGGAUUGGUGCGCUGCACAGAUAGCGCCACCACACCGGUCCGUGUCAAAAAGCCAAUUGUUGGGGUGAUAGGUCCAGGCUCCAGCUCCGUGGCCAUUCAGGUCCAGAACCUGCUUCAACUCUUUAAUAUACCUCAAAUUGCCUAUUCUGCCACAAGCAUGGACCUCAGUGAUAAAACGUUGUACAAGUACUUCAUGAGGGUGGUUCCAUCGGAUGCUCAACAGGCCCGGGCAAUGGUGGACAUUGUAAAAAGAUAUAACUGGACCUACGUCUCAGCCAUUCACACUGAAGGUAACUACGGAGAAAGCGGGAUGGAGGCCUUCAAAGACAUGGCAGCCAAGGAAGGGAUCUGCAUUGCUCAUUCCUACAAGAUCUACAGCAAUGCUGGUGAGCAGAACUUCGAUAAACUACUGGGGAAGCUGAUGAGCCACCUCCCCAAGGCACGAGUGGUGGCCUGUUUCUGUGAGGGCAUGACUGUCCGAGGAAUUCUAAUGGCUAUGAAGAGACAAAACCUAGUAGGGGAGUUCCUACUGCUUGGAAGUGAUGGCUGGGCAGACCGGUAUGAUGUCACAGAAGGGUAUCAGAGAGAGGCUACAGGGGGCAUAACAAUAAAGCUGCAGUCACCAGAUGUCAAGUGGUUUGAUGAGUAUUACCUGAAGCUACGACCUGAGACCAACCUAAGGAAUCCCUGGUUCCCUGAAUUCUGGCAGCACCGCUUUCAAUGCAGACUCAAGGGACAUGCGCAGGAGAAUUUCAAAUACAAUCGCACCUGUAAUAGUCGCAUGUCUUUAAAAGAGCAGUAUGUUCAAGACAGCAAGAUGGGGUUUGUGAUCAAUGCUAUCUACUCCAUGGCCUACGGACUACACUUUAUGCAGCAAGCCCUUUGUCCAGGAUAUGCAGGACUCUGUGAUGCCAUGAAACCCAUAGAUGGAAGAACACUAUUGGAAUUCCUGAUGAAAACCAACUUCAGUGGGGUUUCUGGAGAAGGAAUCUUAUUUGAUGAGAACGGAGACUCGCCAGGAAGGUAUGAGAUAAUGAAUUUUAAGAAAAUCGGGAAGGAUUACUUUGAUUACAUCAGUGUUGGAAGCUGGGACAGCAGUGGACUGAAAAUGGAUGAUGAUGAGAUCUGGUCAGACAAAAAUACAAUCAUCCGAUCCGUCUGCAGUGACCCGUGCGAGAAAGGGCAAAUAAAGGUGAUCCGCAAGGGUGAAGUGAGCUGCUGCUGGACGUGUACACCGUGUAAAGACAAUGAAAUCAUCUUUGAUGAAUAUACCUGCCAGGCCUGCGUGCUGGGAUCCUGGCCCAAUGACGAUCUCACAGACUGUGACCCGAUCCCAGUGGAGUAUCUCAGAUGGGGGGAUCCUGAACCAAUUGCAGCUGUCGUGUUUUCCUGUCUAGGUCUGCUAGCAACUUUAUUUGUGACUUUUAUAUUUAUCACGUACCGCGACACCCCCGUGGUCAAGUCAUCCAGUCGGGAACUGUGCUACAUUAUUUUAGCAGGCAUCUGUUUGGGCUACCUAUGCACUUUCUGUCUCAUAACCAAACCUCACAUCAUAUACUGCUAUCUCCAAAGGAUUGGCAUUGGACUGUCCCCUGCAAUGAGCUACUCCGCUUUGGUAACCAAGACUAACCGUAUAGCUCGGAUUCUUGCAGGAAGCAAGAAGAAGAUCUGCACCAAGAAACCCCGGUUCAUGAGUGCCUGUGCCCAGUUGGUGAUUUCUUUCAUACUAAUCUGCAUCCAACUGGCUAUCAUUGUAGCUCUUUUCAUAAUGCAGCCCCCUGAAGUCAUACAUGAUUACCCCAGCAUCCGCGAAGUCAACCUAAUCUGCAACACCACUAACAUAGGGGUAGUCGCUCCUUUGGGAUACAACGGAUUGUUGAUUCUGAGCUGCACUUUCUAUGCGUUCAAGACCAGGAAUGUCCCUGCCAACUUCAAUGAAGCGAAAUACAUCGCCUUCACCAUGUAUACCACUUGCAUCAUAUGGCUUGCCUUCGUGCCCAUCUACUUUGGCAGCAAUUAUAAAAUCAUCACCAUGUGCUUCUCCGUCAGCCUGAGUGCCACGGUGGCACUGGGCUGCAUGUUUGUGCCAAAGAUCUAUAUCAUUCUGGCCAAGCCGGAGAGGAAUGUACGCAGCGCUUUCACCACCUCCACUGUGGUACGCAUGCACGUCCGUGACGGCAAAUCGUCCUCGGCUGCCAGCCGCUCCAGCAGUUUGGUCAACCUGUGGAAAAGGAGAGGCUCCUCUGGAGAGACUUUAAGCUCAAAUGGAAAGUCAGUGACCUGGGCCCAAACUGAACAAAGUAACAGGGGACACCACCUCUGGAAACGCUUGUCCGUCCACAUCAAGAAGAGAGAAAACAAUCAGACCGCAGUCAUCAAACCUUUCUCCAAGGCCUCAGAAAACAAGUUCAUCAGCAACACCACACCCAACACCAGUUCCAAAAUGUUAUAUGAAGUCUCAGAAGCCGAGGAGCACUAUCCACUUCAGUACCGACCACAGACGCCUUCUCCAAUCUGCACUGUGAGUCAAAGAGCAUCCUCAGUCGGGCGGAAGGAGGAAGAGGCCCCAUCCUAUCUUGCUGACAACCCACAGAGGAGCAGCUCCUCCCAAGGUUCUCUGAUGGACCAGAUCAGCUGCGUAGUCAACCGUUUCACCGCCAACAUCAGUGAGUUAAACAGCAUGAUGCUUUCCACAUCCCCUCCAGGGGCUGUGGGCUCCACGACUAACUGCCCGACUUACCUGAUUCCCAGGGAGAUGCAGCUCCCCACCACCAUGACUACAUUCGCUGAGGUCCAGCCCCUCCCUGCCAUCGACGGGAACGGGCACUCGCAGGGUGCCAGCAAGACAUCGUCUACCAGUAUUAAAGAUGGCACCUCAGAGUCUUCGGCAGUCAAAACGGACUUCGAAGAGCUGGUGGCUCUUACCCCUCCCUCUCCUUUUAGAGACUCCAUUGACUCCGGAAGCGCCUCGCCAACCUCUCCCGUCUCUGAGUCGGCACUCUGCAUCCCCUCAUCGCCUAAGUACGAUACGCUUGUGCUGAGGGAUUACAGUCAGAGCUCCUCUUCGCUGUGAACACAGUCAUGGAAUAGGGAAAGCGAAUACAGUGCAAGAUUCUCUGAAUCUUUAACAUAGUGUAUGGCAAAAUAAAAUUAAAAAAAAACACGUUUACAUGAAUUCAGUGGUGGAAAUAGAUAAAGCACGAGAUGAUGAUAUGAAAUACGUCUGGUGAAACUGAUGAACAUUUUGUUUUUAAUUAUUUGAAAUGUGGGGUGUUCAAAGUCAACAUGACUUUGUAGUAUCUUUUUGUGGUUUUAAUUUGGCAGUGGCCUUAGAAAACAUGGGCUUUCAACUAAUUAGGGCUGUCCAAAUUCUGGCACUAAUGGAACAUUUCAGUUUGCAUUACAGUUGGGCUCUGAAUAUAUUUGUUUGUAUUGUUUUGUUAACUGUGUACAUAGAAAAACUACAGGCAAUACAAAAUGUCAGAGGUUGAGUGCUGUCUUGUGUACUGGAAAAUACAGAUUUCAGGGGGGGUUGGAGCUACAAAAAAACUAGACUGGAAUGCUUUUUAGUGUUAGAUUUGGUCAGCUUUGCAAAUACUGUAAAUAUAAACAAAUUUGGGAGGCUAUAGCGGCAAAUUAUCAAACACGCUAUAAAAAAGUGCUUUGCUUUACUACCAUGACAAAUUAAAUGUAUAUAUAGACGAUUGUGUAACUCAAAAAAGAAUAUUUGUUUGUUUGCUUGUUUGUUUGUCUUUUUUCCCCAAAAGUGAACUUCUUAUUUUCUUAAAAGUUGGAAUGUAUAUUUUCUAAAUAGUAAUACAUAAUAUGGGACCAAAACAAUUACAUUGACAAUAGAUCCUAAUAGUAUAGAAUCGUAAAGUAAAAAGAAAUAUAGACACAGUUGAUGUGCUGCCAUUUACUGAAACAAAGCCAGGGUACUGGCCAGUAUAUCUGUGAAUCAGCCAUUUCAAAGCAAAAAACAAGCAAAGAAAAUAUGUUAAUGUGAACAAAGAAAUAGCAAUUCAUAAUAAUGAUGGCUUUUGUACAGUGAACAGUGUCCAUGUUGUGGAAUCACAAAGAAAAGUAUAAAGAACAUUUGCAGUAAAGGAGACAUUUUGCUCCAUGCCUUGCAUCUGUUAGUGUUCUUCUUUUUAAAUCCAUUUUAAGACAGGCUCUUCAUUUCCCAGUGCAAAUAUUUUGCAUAUGAAAGACAUGGUUUAUCACAGAGGUAGGAUUAAACAACUGUAAACUGGACAACUACUGUACCGAGAAAAGGUGGAAUGUACUUUAUAUUGAUGGAAUAGUGCACAAAUGUGAAUGGUCUGAUAUUGAACGUAAUUUGUUCACCAAGAUGCCAGUAAACACAGGAUCAAAACAUUUUUGUAUCAUAAAAAUGUAAAUAUAAAGGGAAGCUCAUACUUCAAAUAUGUAUCAUAUUGUAAGUCUGCAUACAUUGGUUCUACUGAACUUAAUGUUAAUAAAAACAGUUGUGAAUCAAUUGUCCAUAAUAUAUAUGUUGACCGACCCCCCCCCCCCCCC